AUGAGAGAUGGAGAGAUAAACAAAAAAAGCAAUGUUUCCAUGGUGAAAGACUUUGUCCUGCUGGGAUUCUCUGACCUUCCAAACCUCCAAGGGUUCCUAUCUGGAGUGUUUUCCAUCAUUUACAUUAUUAUCCUAUUUGGAAACAGUCUCAUAAUUGGAUUAACCAGGGUGGACCCUACCCUGAAGAAACCCAUGUAUUUUUUCCAAGCAAAUUUUUCUUGCCUGGAAAUCUGUUACGUGUCAGUCACUCUGCCUAGGAUUGUGGUCAGCAUUUGGACACAGGAUAGAACCAUUUCUCUGAGGGCCUGUGCCACCCAGCUGUGCUUCUUCUUGAUUCUGGGAGCCACUGAGUGCUUCCUCCUGGCUGUGAUGUCCUAUGACCGCUAUGUGGCCAUCUGCCACCCUCUCCACUAUAUAUUAAUCAUGAACCCAAAGAAGUGCAUUCAGCUGGCAGCUGGCUCCUGGUUCUGUGGAAUUCCCAUCCAAAUAGGACAAACAUGUCAAAUAUUUUCUCUGCAUUUCUGUAGUUCUAACAAAAUUGGCCACUUCUUCUGUGACAUACCCCCCAUGAUCAAUUUAGCCUGUGGGGACACGUCCAUGCAUGAAUUGUCUGUCUAUGUAGUAGCAAUGCUGUUUGCUGUGGUUCCUUUUUCACUGAUACUUGCUUCUUACAGCAAAAUUAUUUCCACCAUUCUGAAGUUGCCAACCGCCCAUGGACGGGGCAAGGCCUUCUCUACCUGUUCUUCCCACCUGUUGGUUGUGGUUUUAUUUUAUGGAUCUGCUAGCAUUACCUACUUCAGGCCAAAGUCCAGUCAUUCUGCUGGAAUUGAUAGGUUGCUCUCUCUUUUCUACACCAUCUUGACUCCUAUGUUCAAUCCAAUGAUUUACAGCCUUAGGAAUAAGGAUGUGAUUGCAGCACUGAAAAAAUUACUAUUUAAAAUAUAG